AUGAUGAUGAAAUCGACUGGUGAAAUAGCUGUUUUAGCACUCUUACUGCUCCUAGCAAUUUAUUACUUAUUGAUAUCCGAUGCCAAUAUAUUGGGUUUAAACCGUUAUUAUAAUACACAUUUGCCCAGUAAAGAUCCACGCUUUGAUCCAUUAAAGCACUGUACAACCCCAUUCGGUACCUUUCUAGGGGUUGCACAUGGUAUUCCAGCGUAUAGUAAUUGUCAUCGUAGUUUUAGAUCUAAUCGACUUAUACUCACACGUUUUGGAUCUCCAGAUGUGUUUUUAGAGCAUAGUAGUGAUCAGGAAGGGAGCUUUAUAUCCGGAUCACCGUGGGCCGCAACGGAGUAUGUCGCUCGAUUUCUCUUUCACACAAAAGGAAUCACUAUUCAUGAUCCCGGCACCACACAAGAGAUCUGGAGUAUAAGGUACUUUUACAAUCCUCUCUCCACAAAGCAUAGUGAUAAUUUACGGAAGUAUGAACCAAUACAACUUGAGAACUUUAUGGAGGUGAAAACAGCAAAAGAACGAAAACGUCUGGCCCCAAAGUUUGCAGAUGUUGUGGUGUGGGCCUCGCAUCCAGAGCGUGAACUUGACGAUGGACACGCCGCUGUUGUGGUUCAUGUGGAAGAUGAUGUGGAGGCCGCAGGCGGAGAGGCACAACUGCGUGAAAUGCAGAAGGAACACACACAGCCACAGUUGGUGUACAUUGCGGAACAGAACUUUGAUAAUAAAGACUGGGAAGGAAAGAAUUACUCUCGUGUACUGCGGUUCUCGUGGAAGAAUGGAAAGGAGAUGUUGUUGGAGGAUUCGGAUGAUUAUAAUAUCAUUGGGAGAGUGCGACCUGGUAAUCUGAAACGUGAUGAUAUGGAUGAGGGUGAUCUUUAA